CGUGGCCAUAGAUCUCUGUGGUCUGAUUGGUCGGCUCCGUGCUGCCUGCUCAGUAGUGAGAACGAGUCGUGUUGAUUUCAGAAGUCAUCAUGGCGCACACUUCCCCAGUCAAAGAGCACCCGUACAGCCAUCUAAUCGACACACUGAAAGAUGGCCAGAUCAAGUUCUUCAAUCCAUACAAAUUAAACGAUCCCCGAUAUGACAAGCUGCCUCUAUCCAUCCGUGUCUUACUGGAGGCAGCAAUUCGUAACUGUGAUGGCUUUUACACAAAACAAGAAGACGUCCAGAACAUCUUGCACUGGCAGCAGGAGCAGAAUAAAGCCGAGGUGCCAUUUUCUCCCGCUCGGGUCCUCCUGCAGGACUUUACUGGUAUUCCUGCAAUGGUGGACCUGGCAGCCAUGAGAGACGCUGUGGCCAAACAUGGUGUGGAUCCUAGCCUGGUCAAUCCUAAAUGCCCUACAGACCUCAUAGUAGAUCACUCAUUACAGAUUGAUUAUAGCAAAUGUGCCAUACAAAAUGCUCCCAACCCUGGUGGAGGGGAGGGUCCAAGCCAGGGGCCCUCUCGCUCAGUACACUCCAGGCCUCCGUCCAGAGGGGGCGCACAGUGUGGAGGCCAGCGGGGCUCCUGCAGUAAAGCGGCCUGCAGCGACUCCCCAGCCUCCCCAGGUGGAUCUCCAGCCUCUGUCCAACAGAUUGAGAAUACACCUCUCCUCUGCCCUUUCCACCUGCAGCCCGUCUCUGAAGUUGAAACAGCUUUGAGAAAUCAGGAAAUGGAACUGAUCAGAAACAAAGAGAGGCUUCAGUUCUUUAAGUGGUGUUCAAAAGCAUUUAAGAAUGUGAACGUGGUUCCUCCGGAUGUUGGUGCAGUCCACCAGUUGAACUUGGAGUAUCUGUCCAGAGUGGUGCAAGUCAGCGACGGUUUCAUCUACCCUGACAGUGUGGUGGGAACCGACUCUCACACCACCAUGAUUAAUGGCUUGGGCAUCCUUGGCUGGGGAGUCGGGGGAAUUGAGUCUGAAGCCAUAAUGCUGGGCCAACCAAUAUCUCUGACUCUCCCUCAAGUAGUGGGCUGUAAGCUGGUGGGCUCCAUUAACCCGUUGACCACAUCCAUAGACAUCGUCCUCGGUAUCACAAAGCACUUACGGCAAGCUGGGAUCGCUGGGAAGUUCGUUGAGUUUUUUGGACCUGGAGUCUCCCAGCUGUCAGUCCCCGACCGAACCACCAUUGCCAACAUGUGCCCAGAGUACAAUGCUACUGUCAGCUUCUUCCCUGUCGACCAAGUCACACUCAAGCACUUUAAAAAGACGAAUUUUACCCAGGAAAAACUUGAAUUGUUGGAGUCUUACAUGAAGGCUGUAAAACUUUUCCGAAGCUAUGAUGACCCUUCAGAAGACCCCCAGUACUCUGAGGUGAUUGAGUUCAACCUGAGCUCCAUGGUGCCCUAUGUGAGUGGACCGAAGAGGCCGCAGGACAGAGUGGCUGUCAGCAGUAUGAAAGAAGACUUUCAGAGUUGUCUUGAUGAGAAGGUGGGUUUUAAAGGCUUCCACAUCGCUAAGGAGAAGCAGGAGAUCCGUGUUCCUUUCUUGCACGGUGGUCAGGAGUACCAGCUGUCCCAUGGCUCAGUGGUCAUCGCUGCUGUCAUCAGCUGUACUAACAACUGCAAUCCAUCUGUUAUGUUGACUGCAGGGCUUCUGGCCAGAAAGGCUGUAGAGGCCGGGCUUCUCGUCAAGCCUUAUAUUCGGACCAGCCUGGCUCCCGGAAGCGGCAUGGUCACGCACUACCUCAAUGCCAGUGGAGUCCUGCCUUACUUUAAUAAGCUGGGGUUUGAGGUGAUUGGUUAUGGCUGUGCCACAUGCGUGGGGAACACGGCGCCAUUGCCAGAAGCUGUUGUGGAUGCAAUCAAACAGGGUGAUCUGGUGGCCUGCGGCGUGCUGUCUGGCAACAGGCAUUUUGAAGGGCGACUGUGUGACUGUGUGCGUGCCAAUUACUUGGCGUCUCCUCCCCUGGUGGUGGCUUAUGCUAUUGCAGGCACUGUGGGAGUCGACUUUGAGAAGGAGCCUUUAGGUUUGACAUCCGAUGGGAAAGAGGUGUAUCUGCGAGAUAUCUGGCCGUCCAGAGAGGAGGUCCAACAGAUUGAAGAGGACACAGUAUUCUCCUCCAUUUUUAAGGAUCUAAGGGGAAGGAUGGAGAAAGGGAACACAUUUUGGAAAAAUGUUGAAUGUUCAGACUCUCUUCUUUUCCCUUGGGAUCACAAGUCCACAUAUAUCCGAUCACCGUCUUUCUUCAGCAAGCUGAGUAAAGAGGUGCCUCCUCCUCAGUCAAUAGAAAACGCACAUGCCUUACUGUUCCUUGGGGACAAAGUGACCACGGACCACAUUUCACCAGCGGGCAGCAUUGCAAGGGUCAGCGCUGCUGCCAAGUACCUAAUGAGCAAACGACUGACACCGCGAGAAUUUAAUUCAUAUGGCGCUCGCAGAGGGAAUGACGCCGUGAUGACCAGAGGCACGUUUGCCAGCAUCAAGCUCCAAAACCGAUUCAUCGGAAAGCCAGGCCCGAAGACUUUGCACAUUCCAUCAGGCCAGACACUGGAUGUCUUCGAGGCAGCUGAUCGCUAUCAGAGAGACGGCAUUCCCCUCAUCAUCCUGGCAGGCAAAGAUUACGGCUCUGGAAACUCCAGGGACUGGGUGGCCAAAGGACCGUACCUGCUGGGGGUGCGUGCGGUGAUUGCUGAAAGCUUUGAGAAGCUGCACAGGAACCAGCUGGUAGGAAUGGGGAUCAUGCCGCUCCAGUUCCUGUCAGGCCAGAACGCUGACUCACUGGAGCUCAGUGGCAAGGAAAGAUUCAGCAUCACCCUGCCGGAGAGCCUGAGUCCAGGGCAGGAGCUUACCGUCAAGACCAGCCAAGGAAAGUCCUUCUCCGUCACCACCCUGUUUGACAGCGACACGGACGUUAUCUUGUUCCAACACGGAGGGCUCCUCAGAUACGUUGCUCGGACUUUGCUCUGAAAGAACAGCAGCCCCUUGGCAUUUAAUGUCUUCAUCAUGGACGAGAAAAGCUCACAGAGCUGGAUUAGCGUCUCCAGACUUUAGCGGAACGUCAGUUUUAAGACCCCCGCAGCUUCUAAAUCACUACACACAGCUGUUUCAGCAUUUAAAAGGGCACCCUUUCUCCUCAGAAGAUCAUCCAGGCUCGAGAAAAAUGGUGACUGUCACUCAGUAAGGAGAUUGUAUCCUAGACUAACUGCUGAACAUAGUUUUUGGUGUUUUAUCAUGCUGAAAGGACUUUUCUUUCGACACGGAGAUGAGCCAAGAAGAAAUUGAUCCUCCUUCAUUUAACUUUAAAAAAAAAGAAGAAGAAUUUGGCCAAAGGCUGAGAUGGUGGUAGGUACGAUGGCAUGAAUACUUUGUUUUUAGAGCGUAGUACUGCUCUUUCACCCCCCAAACAACAACAAAAACCAUCCAAGUUGAAUUUUAUGAAUUUCAGAAAUUUGCAGAAUUGAUGUCACUUCCCUGUUUUCAGUGCUGUUAAGAUUUUGCUAAUCAAACCUGUUGCAGAAAGUACACUUGCCUCACUUUUAAUUGUGGAAAAAUGUGACAUUUCUUCUUUUUGCUGUUACUGGUCUUUUCCCUUCAUAAAGAUGGCUUGUAUUACAACUGACAGUGCUCGGCAUCACAUUAAAGGUUAAUUAAAACACACUUUCAGCAUUACCAGGUAAGCUCUUUGCUCUGUUUCCACUCUUGCUGCUAAGCUAAGCGAAAUGACUGCUGGCCAGAGCCCGAAGCUUAAUUUAAAGAACUGUGUUGAAUCUCCUUAGAGUGACUUUUACAGUGAAGACAGUGAUUUAUAAACAGUUUUUGCUCAAAAAAAGGUGCUGCAAAACAUACCUGGGCCUUAUAAUGAAGGAGACGCUGCUUAGUAAAAAUGAGCUUUUCAGAAAAGAAUUAGGGGAACACUUACAUCACACACUCAGUCAGGGUAUUGUUGGCUGAAACAUGGAGGCCUGUGCAACUCUCCAGGGAUAAACUUUCCCUGACAAUCACUGACCUGCUGUCAGACCAGUCAUGCUGGAUGAUGGUGUAGGCACAGCUUCUCCAGACUCUGUCACGUGUGCUCAGGAUGAAGCUUGCUGUCAUCUGCAAAGAGAACAAGGUGCCAGAAACUUCCUGUUUCUGGUGUUUUUUGUUGAAUCCCAGUCAAGCUACGCAUUGCUGGGCAGAGAAUACUGGUCCCACUAAAGCCAUCCUCAUGGAGUCUGACAGUUGGGACACCUGAGUAGUCUGAUGGGGGUCAUUUGUUUUGGGGCUCUGGCAGCACUUGUCCUGUUCCUCCUUGCAUAAAGGAGCAGAUAGCGGCCCUGAUCUUGUAUCAAGGACCUUCUACAACCCUGUCCAGCUCUCGUAGAGUAACUCUCCUGGUAUCUCCUCCACACUCUUGAGACUGUGCUGGGAGAGCAAACUUUCUAGCAUUGGAACGUUUAGAUGUGACAUGCUGGAGGAGCUGGACUACCUGUGCAACCUGAAUGGGCCGCUGGUACCGUCUGAUAGGCCACCAACAAAAAGCAAAAUUAGAGAAAAGUCAAUCAGGAGAUAUAAAGAGACCUCCAACCUGUGUUUUGUCAUCUCUCCAAUGAACCUGUUGGUCUUUGCUCCCUAACAGAAGUGACUGAUAAUCGUAAAGUUUGCCUAACGUUGUGUUGUAAUGUAUUGAUCAAGUGUUCCCUUAAUUUUUUUUUGAGCAGUGUAAUUAAAACUUCACCAUGUUUGACU